GAGGAACAAAUAGAGUGAACAGGCAGCAGAGGCUGUCCAGUCUUCUUCACCAGCAAGAGCUGCACCACCGCUCCCUCAGACAAACGGAGUGAGGACGCCACCAUGGAGAUGAAGAGCAUCCUGAAAACCGACAAAAGGGUGAGCAUGCUGCUGAAGGUGGAGGACAGCAGCACCACCCAAAGCAGCUCCAUCUGUGCCGUACGCUGGCACCUGCCUGAGGAGAGCGUCCAGGCCCACAGCUCGGCCCCCAGCAGAGCUGCCGAACCCAACAGCCUCACCAGACCCUCACAGCAACAUCCUCGUCAGAGUGGCCUGAAGGAUCUGCGCAGCCUGCAGGAGUGUGUGCUGUUCAUCCAACACUGGAAGGAGCAGGUGGACCAAGUCUGCAAGGGAGGAAGUGAUUCAGAGGAGGGCACCAGCAAGAAAGAGGCCAAUUCAGACCGACGUACGGAGCGCAGUCUGGAGGAGAGCAGGAAACUGAUCCUGGAGUGGGCCGACGAACUCCAUCAUGUCGACAAGCUCCUGAAGGAUACCCCCUGGGCAUCUAAGAGUCAAGAACAUGGAAAUAAAGAAAAUGAAGAUGCCAGUGAGAAGGCACAACUGAGGAUCAUGGAGUGGGCAAAGGAGCUGCAGGAGGCGACCGAGAGUUGCGGCGUGCAGAGCGAGGAGCUGGGGAAAGUGUUGCGUCUGCUGGGCCUGAAGAAGAAACGGCUGAGCAACCUGCUGCCUCUGCUGGAGUUCAUCACCUGGUCCCUGCUCAAGGAAGACAGCACGAGCAUGAUCCCACAGUUGUGGUUACAGACAAAGCAAAGGACCUGGAAAGCAGGAAUUCCAAGAUACAUCCCCAAAUCAGUUUGGAGUUGGAUUUGCAGUGUACCAGCUGAUGUGAUUCUUGACCCCAUGACCAACCACCCCUGGCUGCAGCUGUCAGACGACCAGCGUAUGGUCCAGGAGGCCCUCUCAGAAUCCAACCCUCCUUACAGCUCCCAGCGCUUUGACAGCUGGCCCUGCGUACUGGGUUGGGAGGGCUACAGCAGCGGCCGCCACUAUUGGGAGGUGGACUUUGCCAACAAUGGCUACUGGCGCUUGGGACUGACCAAGGCCAACUCCAAGCGGCAGGGGCGCUUCCCCAUGACUCCAAAUCAGGGCUACUGGGCCCUGUGGCGCAGCACGAACCAGUUCUACGCCUGCACUAAGCCGGAGACGCCACUGCCCGUCGGACUCGUGCCUAAACGCGUGGGCGUCUACUUAGACUACGAAGAGGGCCAGAUCUCCUUCUACAACGCAGAAACAAAGUCCCACAUCUACACCUUCACUGGAACCUUCAGAGGGAAGCUGUACCCUCUGUUUGGCCUGCUGGAUGGUCGCUCACUAAUGACAAUCAUCCCACCACACAAAAUCUCAGUAGACUAAGAGAGAUGGACCAUUUAAUAAUAAUAAAAACUCAGUUUGACUUUAAGGAAAUAAGGUUAAAACUGAAGCAAAAGGCACAAAAAAAGAGAAAGAUUUGAAGAUUUUUUUUUUGAAAAGCAGUCACCAGUUAGAUUUAAGAUUCACAGGCUGGGACAUUAAAAACAAAAUAUUUAUAUAAUUUAUAUUAUGUAUAACAGAAUUUCACUUCCCUUGAUGUCACUUUAAAUAUUUAAAUUGAAUUGAAUUUAAUUUAAUCUCUUAAGCUUCAGUCAAAAACUGACUUUGGACGUGGAGAAAGACCGGAUUAUAUCAAAGUGCUAAUAAUGUUAUAGAAAAAGAUUUUUUCUGAUCAUAGCACUCUAAAAAAAAUGAAUGAUUGACUUUUACUGUAAAACUGUAAAAACUCAACUUUGAGUUCAUACAAAUAGAACAUCUUAAACAGUUGAAUUUUAAAGUAUCAGCUAAGCUGAAUAUGAUUUCUACAACAUUUACAUUUACUUGUAGAUAUCAAAGUGUAAACACAUUCUGCAUCUACAUACACACCUGUACUUUCAGGUGUACACAAUAAACAUUUCAUUUACAUCACA